AUGGAGUAUCGAGUGAAUGACCAAUACCGACUGAUCCAUAAAAUGGGAGGCGGAUCUUUUGGUGAGAUAUAUUCAGCAGAGAACACGGUGAACAACACGAAGUGUGCGGUGAAACUUGAACGGACCGACAAAAAGCCGCAGCAACUCUUUUUUGAGAGUCGCAUCUAUUCAUUGUUAACGGGAUAUGUUGGUUUUCCUAAGAUCAUGUAUUAUGGGACUGAAGGGGAGUACAAUGCCAUAGUGAUGCAACUGCUUGGGCCCUCCUUAGAAGACUUAAUGAAAGCGAAACAGAAGUUAACGGUAGUGUCGGUGUGUAUAAUAGCCGUUCAACUCUUAAUGCGAUUUGAAAUUAUCCACUCAAAAAAUGUCAUCCAUCGAGAUGUCAAGCCAAACAACUUUUUAAUGGAAAACAACGUCGUCUACGUCAUCGACUUCGGCCUCGCAAAGCGUUACAGAAAAUUUGAGAAUCACCAUCACAUUCAAAUGAAAGAUGGAUAUGGGCUUGUUGGCACGGCUCGAUAUGCGUCCAUUCAUGCUCAUUUGGGAAUGGAAUUGUCUCGUCGCGAUGACAUGGAGAGUUUGGCUUAUUUAUUCGUCUACUUGCUCAAAGGAAGUCUUCCUUGGCAAGAUCUCCCAUCAACGGCGGAUGGAAAGUACUCCAAU